ACGCAUGUUUGACAACAGCCAAUGAUCCCGAAAAAAAAAAAGGUUGGCUUUUGCGGAAGUGUCAACAUGGAGGAGAAUAAAAAGUGUCUUCUGUCAGACGAGUGCUACUCUGACUUUCUCUCUGAGGACUUUGAUGUGAAGACAUACACAGCACAAGCCAUUCAUCAUGCGGUCAUCGCCGAACAGCUGGCCAAACUGGCGCAGGGCAUCAGCCAGCUGGACAAGGAGCUGCACAGCCAGGUGGUGGCCAGACAUGAAGACUUACUGGCUCAGGCAACUGGCAUUGAGUCACUCGAAGGUGUGCUUCAGAUGAUGCAAACGAGGAUCAGUGCUCUGCAGGCAGCUGUUGAAAGGAUCAGGAUGAAGAUUGUUGACCCGUACAACAAGAUUAUGGCUCGUAUUACCCAGCUUGCAAGGCUGCAGGUGGCCUGUGACCUGCUGCGGCGAAUCAUUAGAAUUUUGUAUCUGAGCAAAAGGCUUCAGGGUCAGCUGCAGGGCGGCAGCAGAGAGAUCACAAAGGCUGCUCAAAGUCUCAACGAACUGGACUAUCUGUCACAAGGCGUGGAUCUGAGUGGCAUCGAGGUGAUUGAGAAUGACUUGCUGCUUAUCAGCAGAGCCCGGCUGGAAGUGGAGAACCAGGCCAAGAGACUGCUGGAACAGGGCAUGGAGAUCCAGAACCCGACCCAGGUCGGCACCGCCCUGCAGGUCUUUUAUAACCUCGGCAGUCUGAGGGAGACCAUCAGUACCGUGGUGGCAGGUUAUCGGACCAGCAUCCAGGAGGACAUCAGCAGUGCUCUGGAUAUUAAGGGCCUGACACAGCCGGUCAGUUCCAGAGGUGCACCGGGCCGGGCGGUUCUGCCCACUCCCGGGAACACGGCUGCUUGCCGUGCAGCUCUGUGGACCAACCUGGAAAAACUGAUGGACCAGAUCUGUGCGGCCUGCAGACAGGUGCAACAUCUGCAGAAGGUUCUGGAGAAAAAGAGAGACCCUGUCACCCACAUAUGCUUCAUUGAUGACAUCACCAAGGACGGACACCCUGAUAUUCUGCACAGCUUCUGGACCAAUGUAACUGACACGCUCACUGAAGAGUUUCAUCAAGCAACUGAAGCUUCUUCCUUCCUGAAACAGGCGUUUGAAGGAGAAUAUCCCAAACUGCUGCGUUUGUAUAAUGAACUGUGGCGUCGCCUACAGCAGUACAGUGCCAGCCUACAGGGGGCGCUAACAAAUAGUGGAGAAGCCAGUCUGGACGUCGGUACCACAGAGACGGAGUCCCGAGACCUGUUUACACAAAGUAGACAGGACUACAACCCCGAGGACGCCCUUAAAGGCUCACUGCGGCCGUACGAGUCCGCCUAUCUGUCCAAGUCGCUGUCUCGUCUCUUUGAUCCCAUCAACCUUGUGUUUCCUGUGGGAGGCCGCAACCCGCCGUCCAAUGAUGAGCUGGACUCCAUCAUCAAGACCAUCAGCAGUGAGCUGAAUGUGGCAUCAGUGGAUCCAAACCUCUCACUGGCUGUAGCGAAGAAUGCGGCCAAGACUGUCCAACUGUUCUGUGUGAAAUCUGAGCAGCUGCUGUGUAUGCAGGCUGACGCCAGUCAGGUGAUCGGUCCGUUAACAGACGGCCAGAAGAAGAACGUGGCCGUGGUCAACUCACUGUACCGUCUGCAGCAGGCCGUCGCAAAGAUAAUUUCAGGAUUGGGUUCGUGCCCUCCAGCUGCUGGACAUGUGCUUUCUUCUUCUUUGGAAGAGCUGCAGGUUCUGAUGAGCGGCGCUCUGCAGCCCCUCCUGCAGUCCGUCAGCGACUCCAUCGAGGCCAUCAUCAUCACCAUGCACCAGGAAGACUUCUCAGGGCCACUGUCCAGCCCCGAUAACCCCGACGUCCCUUGUUCCCUCUACAUGAAGGAGCUGCAGGGCUUCAUCUCCAGAGCCAUGGCCGAGUACUUUCUUCACUUCCGGUGUGUGGACUUCAUCUACGAGCAGACCGAGACCAUCGCGCACAGAGCCAUCGAGCUCUUCAUACGCCACGCCAGCCUGCUCCGUCCCCUGGGAGAGGGGGGAAAGAUGAGGCUGGCAGCUGACUUUGCACAGAUGGAGAUGUCGGUGGCUCCUCUGUGCAGGAGGGUGUCAGAUUUGGGCAAACCGUACAGAAUGCUGCGUUCCUUCAGGCCGCUGCUGUUUCAGACGAGCGAGCUGAUUGGCUGCAGUCCAGCCGUGGGUGAUCUGAUCCCAUACAGCACUGUGCUCCACUUCCUGUUCACCAGAGCUCCACCUGAGCUCAGGUCACCUCACCAGAGAGCCGAGUGGUCCAUCAGCCGGUACUCACAGUGGCUGGACGAGCACCCGUCUGAGAGAGACCGGCUCAGCUUAAUCAGGGGUGCCCUGGAGGCCUACGUCCAAUCAGUGAGGGCUCGUGAAGGGAAGGAGUUUGCCCCAGUCUAUCCCAUCAUGCUCCAGCUGUUACAGAGAGCCACCAACGGAUGAGCGCAGAAUAUCCAAGUCUGACGAGGGCAUUGGCUUUAAUCCCUCCUUUGGUGUCAUUGUGACAUCAUCCCUAGCAUUAGCAAUGACAUCACAGUUUAUUUCUAAUAAAUGAUUGAAUGUUUGAAAUGACUGGCAGGAAAAAUUGAUCAGAAAUUCUUUUUUUUAUUGUUAGCAGAGUGAUGACAUGACAGGUCAGAAGUCAAGCAAACCAUUUCCACUGGUUGGGCGGAGCAUCUUCUAUCAGCGGUUCCCAUGGUUUCCACUCCAUCAUCUUCCUGGAUAGAUACAGUUCCUGUUCGG